AUGAAGAUCCACCCUGUACCCGUGCGGGACGACAACUACGCCUACAUCCUGCAGUCCAGUGUGGACAACAAGGCGCUCUUUGUGGAUCCGUACGAUGUGCCUACUGUCAAGGCUGCCGCGUCCAAACUUGGCAUCUCGGACGACGACGUAGUGGGCCUGCUGACGACGCAUCAUCACCACGAUCACUCGGGUGGAAACGAGGCGUUCACCUCUCAAUACCCUGGUCGACCCGUCUUUGGCGGGUCGGAGCAGAUCCCUGCGCUCUCGCAAAAGGUUGCCGACGGAGAUUCGCUCAACGACGUCCUCAAGGGCAUCUCCAUCAAGUGCUUGGCCACACCGUGUCACACCCAGGACCACAUCUGCUACCACGUCACCGGCGAGGGCAAGAGCGGGGUCUUCACGGGCGACACACUCUUCGUCAGCGGUUGCGGUCGUUUCUUCGAAGGCACCCCGGAGGAGAUGUUGCGCGCAAUGGACAAGUUGUCCACCCUGCCUGAGGAGACAAAGGUGUGGUGCGGGCACGAAUAUACCAAGGCCAACGCCGAGUUUUCCGCCGCCAUCCUACCCUCGAACGAAGACGGGAUCAAAAGGUUGGUGCAGGACCUCAAGGCGAGGAAGAACGGUGGUGUUACUACAGGACAGUAUACCAUCGCAGAUGAGAAGAAGCACAAUCCGUUCAUGAGGUGCAGGGACGAGGUCGUGAAGAAGGCCGUCCAGGAGAAGGGCGGAAAGACAGACGAUGACGUCGAGACGAUGAAGUGGUUGAGGGAGUUGAAAAAUGGUGGACAGGUCAAGGCUAGCAUUUGA